AUGCAGCUGGAGCACUGCCUUUCUCCUUCUAUCAUGCUCUCCAAGAAAUUUCUAAAUGUGAGCAGCAGCUACCCACAUUCAGGCGGAUCCGAGCUUGUCUUGCACGAUCAUCCCAUUAUCUCGACCACUGACAACCUGGAGAGAAGUUCACCUCUGAAAAAAAUUACCAGGGGGAUGACGAAUCAGUCAGAUACAGACAAUUUUCCUGACUCCAAGGACUCACCAGGGGACGUCCAGAGAAGUAAACUCUCUCCUGUCUUGGACGGGGUCUCUGAGCUUCGUCACAGUUUCGAUGGCUCUGCUGCAGAUCGCUAUCUCCUCUCUCAGUCCAGCCAGCCACAGUCUGCGGCCACUGCUCCCAGUGCCAUGUUCCCAUACCCCGGCCAGCACGGACCGGCGCACCCCGCCUUCUCCAUCGGCAGCCCCAGCCGCUACAUGGCCCACCACCCGGUCAUCACCAAUGGAGCCUACAACAGCCUCCUGUCCAACUCCUCACCGCAGGGCUACCCCACAGCCGGCUACCCCUACCCACAGCAAUACGGCCACUCCUACCAAGGAGCCCCGUUCUACCAGUUUUCCUCCACCCAGCCGGGGCUGGUGCCCGGCAAAGCACAGGUGUACCUGUGCAACAGGCCCCUUUGGCUGAAGUUUCACCGGCAUCAAACGGAGAUGAUCAUCACCAAACAGGGAAGGCGCAUGUUUCCUUUUUUAAGUUUUAACAUUUCUGGUCUCGAUCCCACGGCUCAUUACAAUAUUUUUGUGGAUGUGAUUUUGGCGGAUCCCAAUCACUGGAGGUUUCAAGGAGGCAAAUGGGUUCCUUGCGGCAAAGCGGACACCAAUGUUCAAGGAAAUCGGGUCUAUAUGCAUCCAGAUUCCCCGAACACUGGGGCUCACUGGAUGCGCCAAGAAAUCUCUUUUGGAAAAUUAAAACUCACGAACAACAAAGGAGCUUCAAACAACAAUGGGCAGAUGGUGGUUUUACAGUCCUUGCACAAGUACCAGCCUCGCCUGCAUGUGGUGGAAGUGAACGAGGACGGCACGGAGGACACUAGCCAGCCCGGACGCGUGCAGACGUUCACUUUCCCGGAGACUCAGUUCAUCGCCGUCACCGCCUACCAGAACACCGAUAUCACACAACUGAAAAUAGAUCACAACCCCUUUGCAAAAGGAUUUCGGGAUAAUUAUGACACGAUCUACACAGGCUGCGACAUGGACCGCCUGACCCCCUCACCCAACGACUCGCCGCGCUCGCAGAUCGUGCCCGGGGCCCGCUACGCCAUGGCCGGCUCUUUCCUGCAGGACCAGUUCGUGAGCAACUACGCCAAGGCCCGCUUCCACCCGGGUGCAGGCGCAGGCCCCGGGCCGGGCACGGACCGCAGCGUACCCCACACCAACGGGCUGCUGUCGCCGCAGCAGGCCGAGGACCCGGGCGCGCCAUCGCCGCAGCGCUGGUUUGUGACGCCGGCCAACAACCGGCUGGACUUCGCGGCCUCGGCCUACGACACCGCCACGGACUUCGCGGGCAACGCGGCCACGCUGCUCUCCUACGCGGCGGCGGGCGUGAAGGCGCUGCCACUGCAGGCGGCGGGCUGCACCGGCCGCCCUCUCGGCUACUACGCCGACCCGUCGGGCUGGGGCGCGCGCAGCCCCCCGCAGUACUGCGGCGCCAAGUCGGGCUCCGUGCUGCCCUGCUGGCCCAACAGCGCCGCGGCCGCCGCGCGCAUGGCCGGCGCCAACCCCUACCUGGGCGAGGAGGCCGAGGGCCUGGCCGCCGAGCGUUCGCCGCUGCCGCCCGGCACCGCCGAGGACGCCAAGCCCAAGGACCUGUCCGACUCCAGCUGGAUCGAGACGCCGUCCUCCAUCAAGUCCAUCGACUCGAGCGACUCGGGGAUUUACGAGCAGGCCAAGCGGAGGCGGAUCUCACCCGCCGACACGCCUGUGUCCGAGAGCUCGUCCCCGCUCAAGAGCGAGGUGCUGGCCCAGCGGGACUGCGAGAAGAACUGCGCCAAGGACAUAGGCGGCUACUACGGCUUCUACUCGCACAGCUAG